ACAACUUCUACUACCAAACCCCCAAAAAUAAUAUUAUUAUUUUUCUUUAAAACACUCAAAAGAAACAAGUGAUAAAUGAUAAUGAUGAUGAAGAGGCAAAUGAUAGUUGGAGUGAUUUUGCUCGGUCUCGUGGUGAUUUUCUUGGCUACCACACCAGUCGAAGCAGCUAGGCCAUUCCGAGCCGACGGUGAGAUCCAGUUCGUGCUCCAGUUGCUGCAAAGAGGUACGGUGCCACCCUCAGGUCCAAACGGUUGUACCAACAACCCAAAUGGGUCGGGAACAUGCCACGGCGGCUGAGCCGUCACGUUAGACAUAAUGGUCGUUCCAC